GCCCUGGGUGGACGGGACUUUAGGCUGGAGUGAGUGUGUUGCCGUCCCAGACAUCCAGCCCACUCGGAGUCCCAGAGGACUGGGAAACUCCAGACCCCUGUUGCCCUGCGGAGACUGUGAGGUUCAAACCCCAGCCCCAUGUGUCCAAGCAGAGGGUCCCUGAGCCUCAGUUGUCCUCAACUGUGAAAUGGGACCACCCUGGUGCCCCCUUCCCUGACACCUAUUGGUGCCCACCUUAACCUCCUGAACGCGAUUCAUCCCUCCUUGAGUGCCAUGGGGGGAGCACUGUUAAUCCACGCCAUUUUGCAGGUGGGGAAACUGAGGCCCAGAGAGGCUGGGGCUUGGGCGUUGCUGUUGAGUUGUGUGAUGCGGGGAGAGUUAGCCCAGGGCCCGUAUACAACAAGCAGUCAAUCUCGGCCAGCCACCAUCUCUGUUGGCCUGAGAUGGGAGGAUACCUGGAUACCUGGAGUCCGGGCUGGGCUGCUCCAACAGGGAUUCAGGCAGCAGCUGGAACUUAGAACCCACCUGACUGUGGCCCAGAGCCCGCUGGCCAAUCACAGGCCAGGAACGCCCAUUCCCCCACCCUGCUUGUGAAGCAAUAAUCCAAGAUCUCCUGGGGCAGACAGUCUGGCCACAGUGUGUUUCUCUGUGGCCCAGAGCGGAGGGACCUUGCUACCCAGGCCCACAGUAGGGUGUAUGCGAAGAGCCUGCGCCUCUGCCUCCAGGAGGGCCUCCAGGUUUCUGCAGAUGCGUGAAUGAGCCAGACACCAGCCUCUGUCCCCUGGAGCCCAGCGUGAGGAAGAGGCAUGCCCUGUCAGCCUUCAGCCUGAGCCCGGCGGCCCCCGCCCCCGCCCCCUGCCACCCUGCACUGCCCCGGCUCCCCCGCGGCCCCCACGCUGCAGUGCGGCCGGGCCCCCUCCCCGCAGGGGCCGCCCCCGCCGCCCACCCCUAGCGCCCGUGGUGGUGGUGGUGGUGGCCCGGGCCGCAGGGCCAUGAAGCUGCAGGCCGUGAUGGAGACGCUCUUGCAGAGGCAGCAGCGGGCGCGCCAGGAGCUGGAGGCCCGGCAGCAGCUGCCCCCCGAUCCCUCCGCUGCACCCCCCGGCCGGGCCCGGGCCGCUGCCGAUGAGGACAGAGAGCCCGAGAGUGCUCGGAUGCAGCGGGCUCAGAUGGCUGCGCUGGCCGCCAUGCGGGCUGCAGCUGCGGGCCUGGGACACCCGGCCAGCCCCGGGGGCUCUGAGGAUGGGCCCCCAGGCUCGGAGGAGGAGGACGCGGCCCGGGAGGGGACACCGGGCUCACCCGGCAGAGGCAGAGAAGGGCCGGAAGAGGAGCACUUUGAGGACGUGGCCUCCGACGAGGACAUGAAGCCCAAAUGGGAGGAGGAGGAGAUGGAGGAAGACCUCGGGGAGGAUGAGGAGGAGGAGGAGGAUUACGAGGAUGAGGAGGAGGAGGAGGACGAGGAGGGGCUGGGGCCCCCAGGCCCUGCCAACUUGGGCACCACGGCACUGUUCCCCCGAAAGGCCCAGCCACCCCAGGCCUUCCGAGGCGAUGGCGUUCCCAGGGCGCUGGGGGGCCAGGAGCGGCCGGGGCCUGGCCCUGCCCACACCGGAGGGGCCCACGUAGCUCCGCAGCUGCAGCCGCCUGACCACGGGGACUGGACGUAUGAGGAGCAGUUUAAGCAGCUCUACGAACUCGACGGGGACCCCAAGAGGAAGGAAUUCCUGGAUGACUUGUUCAGCUUCAUGCAGAAGCGAGGGACGCCUGUGAACCGUAUCCCCAUCAUGGCCAAACAGGUCCUUGACCUGUUCAUGCUGUACGUGCUGGUGACGGAGAAGGGCGGCCUCGUGGAGGUCAUCAACAAGAAGCUAUGGCGCGAGAUCACCAAGGGCCUCAACCUGCCCACGUCCAUCACCAGUGCGGCCUUCACCCUGCGGACCCAAUACAUGAAGUACCUGUACCCCUACGAGUGUGAGAAGCGGGGCCUCAGUAACCCCAAUGAGCUCCAGGCAGCCAUAGACAGCAACCGACGGGAGGGCCGGCGCCAAAGCUUUGGGGGCUCCCUCUUUGCCUACUCGCCAGGUGGGGCGCAUGGCAUGCUCUCCUCACCCAAGCUGCCCGUGUCCUCCCUGGGCCUGGCCGCAAGCACCAACGGCAGCUCCAUCACCCCCGCCCCUAAGAUCAAGAAAGAGGAGGACUCAACCAUCCCCAUCACGGUCCCUGGCCGCCUGCCUGUCUCCCUGGCAGGCCACCCUGUGGUGGCAGCCCAGGCAGCAGCUGUGCAAGCAGCAGCCGCCCAAGCAGCUGUGGCCGCACAGGCAGCCGCCCUGGAACAGCUGCGGGAGAAGCUGGAGUCUGCGGAGCCUCCUGAGAAGAAGAUGGCCCUGGUGGCUGAUGAGCAGCAACGGCUGAUGCAGCGGGCACUCCAGCAGAACUUCCUGGCCAUGGCGGCCCAGCUGCCCAUGAGCAUUCGGAUCAACAGCCAAGCCUCCGAGAGCCGCCAGGACUCCGCUGUGAACCUGACAGGCACCAACGGCAGCAACAGCAUCAGCAUGUCCGUGGAGAUCAAUGGCAUCAUGUACACAGGAGUUCUGUUUGCUCAGCCGCCGGCCCCCACGCCACCCUCUGCUUCCAACAAAGGUGGUGGUGGCAGCGGCAGCAGCAACGCAGGCGGCCGGGGAGGAAACACCGGAACCAGCGGUGGCCAGGCCGGGCCAGCAGGGCUGUCUGGACCCUCCACAUCUACCUCAAAUAACUCGUUGCCUUAACCGCAUCACUCCCCACCCGCCACCCACCCCGGAGCCCGCCAGCCUGGGCAGGGGGUCCAGGUGGGCCAUGCAGGGGCCAGGAUGGCGGAAGAUACGGGUGGGGAGGGAAGAUACCCAGAAAGGAGCCACAGCUGACGCCAAAAAGAAGAAAAAAAAAUAUAUAUAUAUAUACGUAUAUAUAUAAAGAAAAUUUAAUAAAACAGGGGAAAACCAAGGAACACUUGAAUUUCUCAGGUUUUGGACAUUCAGAGAGAUGAAUUGUGAGAACAGCAAAGGAAAUCCAUCAGAAAAACAGAAAGAGGCAGACAUUUCUCAGGGCAUUCCGGCAGCCCUGAUGGACCGAAGGCUCUGGUGUCUGGUUCGGCCCCACUGCAGCGUGGGCCAAUCCCAUUUACCUCAAACAUCCCUGCACUGUGUGUUUUCAUUUUUGCCUGCUUUAGUUCUCUUUUAGUUUCUAUUCACCACACACUCACCACUCCCAGCUUCUCGUGUCCAGUGAGACCCCUGAACUAAGAUCACUGAAUUUUUUUUUUUUUUCUUGUUGCUUUGGGAAAUGUUUGUUUUUUUUUUCUCCGUAGGGUUUUUAAGAGGUUUCAGGGGUUUUGUUGUGUAAAUAUUCUAUUUUAUUCUUGGGGGGAUCAAACCUUAGGAAAAGGAUAUCUAUAUAUCUAUAUAGCUAUAUAUUUGUGUUCCUUCAGGGAAACUGAUCUUGAAAAAGCAAGAAAAAAAAA